AUGGAUGACAGAUUACUCCCGCCCGAGUAUGCCAAUCGUUAUAGCGGGGUGACCUCUCAGGUCCCCCAGCUUGGCCUUACAUAUGUUCCCAAGACGCCUAUCGUGCCGAAAGUCACUGGCGCGGCCGUUUCGCCCGAGAGAAAACCUGUGGCUCCGUUAUGGUAUGACCCUCACAGCUGGUCGACACGUAAGAAGAUUAUUUCUGCGGCGAUAGUCCUAGUGAUCGUCAUGGUGAUCGUGGUUGUUGGCACCGUCGAGGGCAUCAGAGUGAAUCGGUAUCCAGAGUAUUCACCGAUCAACUACCAGCUAGUGGACACCUUCGAGGGAACUUCGUUCUUCGAUCAGUUUGAUUAUUUCUCGGGCGAUGACCCAACGGAUGGCUUCGUGGUGUACGUCAACCAGGAGGCUGCCCAGGAUCUCAAUCUGACCUAUGCAACCGACACAUCUGCCAUCCUACGAGUGGAUGCCUUUACUCCCAAGGCUCUGGCGGGUCGCAACUCGGUUCGGAUCGAGUCCAAGGCUAAGUAUGACACUGGUCUCUUCAUAUUCGACAUCAUCCAUACCCCUCAUGGCUGUGGAACCUGGCCGGCACUCUGGCUGACCGACGGGUAUAACUGGCCCACCAAUGGCGAGAUUGACGUUCUGGAAUCUACCAAUGAAGCAUCACAUGGGAAUGAGGUCACCCUCCACACGACUGAGGGCUGCAGCAUGAGUGUCAAGCGUAAGCAAACGGGUACCGCAUCCUACAAGACCUGUGACAAUAGUACGCACGGAAACGCGGGUUGUGGAGUGAUGGGCGACUCGUCGACCUAUGGUCCGAGCCUAAAUGCCCGUGGUGGUGGAAUCUAUGCCCUUGAGCUUCGGGAUGCGGGCAUCCGGACAUGGUUCUUCCCACGCGAUGCCAUCCCAUUGGACAUCACCAAUGCGAACAGCAUGCCUGACCCCUCUACAUGGGGCACGGCGCUCGCUGAUUUUCCCAGUACGGAGUGUGAGAUUGCUUCACACUUCCGGAAUCAGAGUAUCAUUGCGAAUAUUGAUCUCUGUGGGCAACUUGCUGCACAACCUCAGUACUACACGGAGAUGUACAAUUGUCCCGCGACCUGCCCAGACUUGGUUGCCAACUAUCCCAGCCAGUUCGAAGAGGCCUAUUGGGAAUUCAGAGGCUUUCGGGUAUAUCAGGCACAUUGA